AUGAUGACUUCCACUUCGGCCCAUGUGCGAACAUCUAUCGAGAAGGUCGAAGAGGGCGCCACCGAGCAUGUCGAAAAUCAAGAUGGUGACAAGAAUACGGAAAAACACGACAGAUUCGGCAGUGUUGCGAAGACUGACCCCAAGGAGAUCGAAUUGGUGAGGAAGCUUGAUCUGUAUUUGAUGCCGAUUCUGUAG